UAUUAGAAAUUCAUUAUUUCAUUACUUGGGCAGAGUAUUGAACGGGCGAUGAACGCUUUAUUGAUCUCGUGUUGGGCAGUCCGUCACAGAUACCAAAGUCAGUAGCAUUCGCGUCUUUGGUGGCAGAGGAUAGUAGCUUCGUCCAUUGCCGGAAGGAUAUAGACAUCACGAUUUGCGGAUAGUCGUAAACAGGAUAUCACAUUUGGUAACGGUAAGCAACGAUGGCAGUGCCAGAGCCGAGAGACUAACAUCCCAGCAGCAAUCCGAUGGCACGUCCAGCGUUAGCGAGACAUAUCAGCUACAGAGACGGUGUUGAAAACUGAAUUCGGACUUGUGAAAUUAUGGAUGCUUAACAGCAGGAGGAUUUAAACGCUGACUCGAACAUCGUCGUUGUGUUAGAAUUUCUUCUUCGCCAUGGCGAUGACAACGAUGUCGUUCUUGAUGGAGAACUUUACGGAGGCGUGCAACAGUUCGCUGGGGGACAGUCUGAUGUGGCCUCAACGAGGCAUUCAGAGUCAGGAGGAAUGUCUGGCGAAAUUGGGGGAUGCUGCAUUUCCCAAUGACGGAGGUUUGUACUGUAAUGGAACAUGGGACAAGGUUCUGUGCUGGAAGGCCGCCAAGGCUGGCACCGCAGUUCGCAUGAACUGCCCCCCUCUGCCCGGACUGGUACCUUCAAAUUUCGCCACCCGGAAAUGUGGACCGAAUGGCCGGUGGGAGGGGAAGAUUCCCGGGGACUACAGUGUCCCCCAAGGUUACACCAACUACAUCGACUGCUAUACCCAACAGGCAUUGGAGAUAUACAAGCGUUUCUACAUGAAUAAAACACCACAGCAAAAACAGGUACUCAGAGACAUCGUCUCAAGUGCCAGGACCAUGGAAAUAAUUGGCUUGUGUCUCUCCCUGGUUGUAACUAUAGUGUCCCUCAUUAUAUUCAGCUAUUUCAGGAACUUGAAAUGCCAUCGGACGCGCAUCCACAAGAAUCUGUUCGUGGCCAUCAUUGUCCAGAUCUCCAUCAUGCUCAUCCUAUACAUCGACCAGUACAUAGCGAGAACAGCGGGCGGGGAAGUGGCCGGCGCUGCCAGCGGAAGUAGUGGCGCCAUCUAUGACACACCGGUGUUUUGUGAAAUCCUGUACGCAAUCUUGGAAUAUACUAAAACUGUCAAAUUCAUGUGGAUGUUCGUCGAGGGUCUCUAUUUGCACAACAUGAUCGCCGUCUCGGUGUUUUCCGGGAAGCCGAAUUAUGCUGUUUUCUACGCCAUAGGAUGGGGGUUUCCUGUGUUGUUGAUAGUGGCGUGGGUAGUCGCUAUGACACAGAUGUAUGUUGCAAAAUGCUGGUAUGCAUAUUACUAUCUUAAAAUAAUAUGGAUCAUUGAAGCGCCUAGGGUUGCAGUAAUAGCUGUCAAUUUAUUAUUCCUUUUAAACAUCAUCCGGGUGCUGGUGAUGAAACUCAGACAGAGCCACACAAAUGAAGCAAACAAAGUUCGAAAAGCAGUAAAGGCGGCAAUAGUACUGCUACCAUUGCUUGGUAUAACGAACUUUGUCGUGAUGAUAGAGCCGAGUCAUGACAACAUCAUCAAGUUUGGUGUGUGGGCAUUCAGCGCACAUUUCCUCAUCUCAUUUGAAGGUUUCUUCAUCUCACUGCUCUACUGCUUCCUAAAUGGAGAGGUACGAGUGACAAUACGGAGGCACUGGGAGAGAUAUCGACAACGUAGGCUCAUACAUACAUCAAGCUUAAGACGCAUGAGCAGAUCACUUAGCAUCUUUACAUCCUUCAGCGAGGUAUCUCACACCUCCGCGUCACAGAAACAGAACCUAACCGCAGCCUCCAUGACAGUCAAUGGACAUGUUCAACCUCUCAUUCGGGAUCCUUUUACUAAGAGAGCAGGUGCUGCUGCCCUUGGUAUAAGGCGGGCGUUAUUUAAAGACAGCACUGGAAGCAACAAGAGUAUUCGACAAACAAGUAACCUUGGUGGAGUUAAUACUGAAGAAAUUAACGAACAGCGAAUAUAGCAAAGCCGAUGCCGCCAUAUUGGUUGACCUUGAUGUGAAAGCGUGUGACGUUGUUAGUACUAAUUCUUUAUAUAGAGACUGGAUUAAAACAGGCUUUAUAAUAAAGGAACUUGGUUGUUAAACAUUAUGAAGAUAUACAGAUGGAUUGGUGACUGUGAUAGUGGCACGAGGCGAUUGUGUUUCCAGGGCAGUUGAGAAGACAAACUAUUUUCAAAAAAGAGUGAAUGACAUGGACAUUCACUGAGCAUUUGACUCUGAAGGCUAGAUUGUAAUGUGCUGGUUAGUGUCAACUUGGACCUUCCGGAAUAAAGUGGUUUUCAUUUCCAUGGAAACAUUGCACACUUUGAGAAGGAUAAACUAUUGAACGAACGCCUGGAGCUAACUGAAUCGACAGUCCACUUGUGGAAUAGAAAGUGUGGGUUGUUGAACCGAUGUUAUAUUCUAACUACUACUCCUCAAGGGUCAAUUUAUAUAUGUAGACUUUCAGCUCGCACAAUACCUGACGAUGUCAUAAUACCACAAAGCCGUAAGAAUGGAAAUGCAAAUCCGUAGAUUUUUCAAGGAAGACCACCUACAUUCCAAGCUCGCAAUAACACUAAAUGUCGAUCAAGAGGGUGACACAACAAAUAUUUGAAAUUCGAAUCCGUAGACUUCAAGCCCUCACACUGCUGCUACAAUAACUUAACUAGCACACUUACUAACAAUAAAGCUGCACGUCCAUCCGAAAGUGACACAACCACAAUUGGAAGUCCAAAUCCACACACAACUAGCACACUUACUGACAAUAAAACUACAGGUCCAUCGGAGGGCGACACAACAACUACUGUAAGUCCAAAUCCCCACACAACUAGCACACUUACUGACAAUGAAACUACAGGUCCAUCGGAAGGUGACACAACAACCUUUGGAAGUCCAAAUCCACACAAAACUAGCACUGUUACUGACAAUAAAACUACAGGGACCAUCGGAAGGUGACAAAAAAACCACUGGAAGUCCAAAUCCACACACAACUAGCACACUUACUGACAAUAAAACUACAGGUCCAUCGGAAGGUGACACAACAACCACUGGAAAUCCGAAUCCGUAGACUUCAAGCGCACACAACUGCUAACAAUGCCACUACAUUUUCGUCGGAAGCUUGACAAGAACCAGCCUUGAAGGUUUACGUUUAACGGCAAUACCUAUAAGACACGUGUACACAUAUACUAUAGAGAUUGUUUCAGGUUUUCUAUUUAUACUGUGAUAUUCCUCUCAACCCGUCAGGCGCCCGUUUUAGAUAACAUAACAAAUACUGCACAUGAAACACAGGCACAUGUCCGUAUAAGUGUACAAAUGUUAUAUUUCUAGUUCUUUUUGGGGUUGAGUCCUAUCCGGGAUUCGAACCCGAACGUCCCUGAUGGGACUCAACCCCAAAAAGUACUAGAACCUGUACUUUACUAAGAAAGUGUUAUCCCAAAAAUAUCAUUUGUUACAUUUGACCACUUUCUAAAUGGCAUUAUGUGUUCAUAUACAUAGGUACUGUUAAUUGUACAGUGUACAGUUCUUAUCAGGGAAGGGAAGUGGUAUAUUUGAUAAGCAAUCUGUGAUUGCUAUUUUGUGAUGACAGGGCUGUUGAAUGUUAAAUCCCUGUGUAUGUUCGUGCUCAACGUUGCGUCAGGCUUUAGAGACAGACAACAAUGGUAUUGAAUUAUGUUGGAGAGUUUUCUUGACGAGAAUGUCAUGAUGUGGAACCUGAUAAAGUAUGUACCUGUACUUUGUAUGUAACAAAGGUUAAUUUAGGACACCAAAGGGAUACCGGAGAAACACACUGGCCGCAAGGAAGUUCUGAACCUUUGGAACAUGUGUAGUAUCAUCUCCAGAUGAAGACAAUACAAUGCAAGGGACCUUUGAACUCGUUCUAUUCCACAUUCAUUAUGAACAAUAACGUUGGCAAAAAUGUCAAAUUUGCUUAUAUUUGUAUCACUGUCAAAAUAAUCAAUCAAUAAAAAAAAUGAAAUUAACACUAUUCUAGAUUGGUAUACAGUAUAUAUCCUGGAUUGGUUAUAAAAAUAAAAUGUCAACGCCAGAGAUUAACCAGUCUCGAUUAUCCGAUGAAACAUAUUUCAUUGGGCAUAAAAGGGAAUAUAUCGGUGAAAAUUCUAUGAAUGGAUCACUGACAUAAUACAAUGUAUAUGCAUAUUUGAUAAUGUGCAUAUUUAUACAAGGUCAAUUCCACACCCUAAAGCAUGAUCAAAGUGCUCCUCCUCUAAAGCAUGCCCGGCAAAGGAUCAGUGUGAACACGAAUUACAUUCUCAGAUCCCUGGGGAUUAGGUCCCUGUGAGGCGCUAGAAAGUUAAGAGACAAAUUACCAUCUCAUCCUACAAGGUACCCAUCCACUGCCGGUGAACGGAUGACUAUUUCGAACUGAUGAUGACUUUGAGGUUACAGUUUUGGUAAGCAUGAAGUUCAAACGGUGACGAAAUAUCUAUAUAUUGACACAUCGAGGUGACAUGGCGAAAUAUCCAUAUGAAUUGAUGAUGUACCAAGGUAUUGUUAUGAAAUAUCCAGCUAUGUGACGAUAUAUCCAGUUAUUGUUGUGAAACAUCCAGCUGAUGUGACGACAUAGCCAGGUGUUGUUAAGAAACAUCUACGUGAAGUGACGACAUAGCCAGGUGUUGUUAUGAAACAUCCAGCUGAUGUGACGACAUAGCCAUGUGUUGUUAAACAUCCAGCUGAAGUUACGACAUAGCCAUGUGGUGUUAUGAAACAUCCAGCUGAAGUGACGACAUAGCCAGGUGUUGUUAAACAUCCAGCUGAAGUUACGACAUAGCCAGGUGUUGUUAAGAAACAUCUACGUGAAGUGACGACAUAGCCAGGUGUUGUUAUGAAACAUCCAGCUGAUGUGACGACAUAGCCAUGUGUUGUUAAACAUCCAGCUGAAGUUACGACAUAGCCAUGUGAUGUUAUGAAACAUCCAGCUGAAGUGACGACAUAGCCAGGUGUUGUUAUGAAACAUCCCGCUAAAGUGACGACAUAGCCAGGUGUUGUUGUGAAACAUCCGCGGGAAGUGACGACAUAGCCAGGUGUUGUUAUGAAACAUCCAGCUGAAGUGACAUCGCCAGGUGUUGUUAAGAAACGUCCGCAUGAAGUGACGACAUAGCAAGGUGUUGUUAUGAACAGCUGAAGUUACAAAUUACCCCAGUGAGGUGACGAUAUACCCAAGUGAAGUGACGAUUGACCAAGUGAAGAGACGAUAUACCCCAGUGUUGAUGUGAAAACUCCAGCUCAAGGGAUGACAUAUCCCAUUGUUGAUGCGAAACAUCCACGUUAAGUGACGACAUAUCCCAGUGAAGUGACGGCAUAGCAAUGUGUUGAUAUUAAAAAUACAACGGAAGUGACGAUGUAGCCAGAUAUUGUUCUGAAACAUCCAGAUGAAGUGACGAUACAUCACAGUGUUAUGAAACAUCCAGCUGAAGUGACGAUAUACCCCAGCGUUAUGAAACAUCCAGCUGUAGUGACGAUAUACCCCAGCGUUAUGAAACAUCCAGCUGUAGUGGCGAUAUACCCCAGCGUUAUGAAACAUCCAGCUGUAGUGACGAUAUACCCCAGCGUUAUGAAACAUCCAGCUGAAGUGACGAUAUACCCCAGCGUUAUGAAACAUCCAGCUGAAGUGACGAUAUAUCACAGUGUUAUGAAACAUCCAGCUGAAGUGACGAUAUACCCCAGCGUUUUGAAACAUCCAGCUGAAGUGACGAUAUAUCACAGUGUUAUGAAACAUCCAGCUGAAGUGAUGAUUUUCCCAGGUAUUUUUUGUUAUGAAAUAUCUACCUGAAGGGACAAUGUACCCCAAUGUUGUUCUCAAACAUUCAGCUGAAGUGGCGAUAUACCCAGGUAUGAAACAUCUGGUCGCAGUGACGAUUGUCGCAGGUAUUGUUAUGAAACAUAAAGACGAAGUGAUUAAAUGUCAAUGUGUCGUGAAGAAAUAUCGACAUGCCCUGACGAAAUACCUGGGUGGCGUAAUGCAAUAUCCGGGUGAAGGGACUUCCAUGUAACGACGAGUACCUGCGCCUGGGCUGGCUACUAGAAGUGACCGUCGUUCGACAUAGUUCGAAAUGGAAAUUAGAAUGAAAACAUUCAUUUGUUUGAUAAUUGGAGAUGUUUCCGGACACUGAUGGAGUUGUUUCUUGAGACUGAUGGACAGAGUCUUAUUGCCUUCUUAUAUUCGAGCAAAACUGUGAUAUACUUCCUGUAACUUUGACACUCAUGUUAUGUGUAUCAUUGUGUUCAAUGUGUAUGAGGAUAUUAACAUUAUUAUUGUAUCAAUUGGUGGUAAAAUGAGUGAAUCUUCUCCAUCUAUUUAACGAGCUCACAACAGCAGUUAUUUGCGCUUUGUGGUCCUAGACCUAGCUCACAACAGCUGUUGUUUGCGCUUUGUGGUCCUAGAACUAGCUCACAACAGCUGUUGUUUGCGCUUUGUGGUCCUAGAACUAGCUCACAACAGCUGUUGUUUGCGCUUUGUGGUCCUAGAACUAGCUCACAACAGCAGUUGUUUGCGCUUUGUGGUUAUAGAACUAGCUCACAACAGCAGUUGUUUGCGCUUUGUGGUCCUAGACCUAGCUCACAACAGCUGUUGUUUGCGCUUUGUGGUCCUAGAACUAGCUCACAACAGCUGUUGUUUGCGCUUUGUGGUCCUAAAACUAGCUCACAACAGCAGUUGUUUGCGCUUUGUGGUCCUAGAACUAGCUCACAACAGCAGUUGUUUGCGCUUUGUGGUUAUAGAACUAGCUCACAACAGCUUUUGUUUGCUCUUUAUGGUCGAAAAACACCUAAUCUCAAUCUAGAUGUUUUUAAGGGGUCAUAUACUAAUCUGCGUCGGGUUUACAUCAGAUAUUUCAGUGGAUACUCUGACAAAAAUAUUCUAUUGCUAGCAACAUUUCCAGACAUCUCAACAUUUCCCUACGAAUGUUAAAUUGUCGGUCCAAUGUAUACUGCAUGUGAGUUAUGCAGUCCCUUAUACUAGAGGUUCUGUGGUAUUUUACAUUUCACCUAGUAACUUCGACAUGGCGGGGUUAAUGUACAUUUAUCGACACAUUCAUUUGGUAUAUAUAUCUGCUCAUAUUAUAAUGUUUAUUUUGCACUUGUGUUAUCCUUCAUACUAUGAGAUUAUUAUCAUUGGCAAAAUACCCCCAUCAUACCCUGCUUGGCCCAUGUCUACAUUAGCCUAAUCACAUCAGGUGAUCUUCAUCAUAACAAAAAAUGUCUAUAUUUACGUUAUCUUGACAAGGACCGUCAAACCGAUAUUAAAGCACGAUGUGAUAUUUCUCAAAUAAAGCAGAGUUAAAUCCAAAUGACUCACUCCAAUAUCAAAAUAAUUCUUAUACACGUUUGCUACCCGUGAAGAUCCGGGUUAGAAUAGGGCAUCAGCAACACAUGCUUGACGUAAUAGGAGACAUGCUUGUCGUAAGAGGCGACUAACGGGAUCGGGUGGUCAGGCUCGCUGACUUGGUUAA